AUGGCGAUGCCAGUCCUUCUUUCAAAUGUGCCGAUCGGAUUCAGGUUCAAACCCACGGACCAAGAACUCGUCGUCGACUACUUGCAGAGACGCGCCGCUGGUCAGCCGUGCCCCCUUCCCAUCGCCAACAUUGAGAUCCACAACUUAAAUCCAUACAAUCUUCCAUCCAUGCCACUGUUUGGAGGUCAUGAGUGGUACUUCUUCACGAUGAAGGACCACCGCAAGUAUUCGAAAAGAUCGCGUCCCAACCGGUCUGCGGCGACCGGCUUCUGGAAGGUCAACGGCCGCGGCGAGCUCAUCUCUCUGCAGCAAAACCAUGGAGAUGUGAUUGUUGACCUCCAGCCCAUCGCCAUUAAGAAGGUGCAUGUCUUCCACAUUGGCUGUCCGCCUACCGAGAGAAAGACUCCAUGGAUGAUGCAUACCUACAGCCUCAUUGGCCCCAUUCCCUUGGACGGUACCAUCGAGUGGGUGUUGUGCAAGAUCUUCAGGGAUACCAAGAUGAUCCUCCCACCCCCACCACCGCCUGGUCCAGGACCAGCAGAGAUUAGCGAUGUCAACGGCAGCGGCUCGUCCGCAGAGGAGAUGAAGUUGGGCGCCGCUGCUCGUGAUGGUGGUAUAAAGAGCCAGAGAGGAGAAAGAUCCCAGGAGCCGGAGAUGAGAAAGAAGCGUCACACAAAUAAGCCGCGGCGCCGCUGGACAACGGCAUGUGGACUUGCGGCUGCCAGCGGCAGCUGCUCUGAUAUGUUGCGGGCAAAGCGGACAGAACCGGAAAGACCAGUGGACGAGUCGUUGACAUCGCUGGCAGAGAUCCAGCAGCUACAGGACAGCAUGCACAACAUGACGAUUUCCGACGCCUCAGACAUAGUGAUGUACCCCAACGUGUCCUUCGCUAUCUCGAAACAAGCACCUUACAAUUACCAGGAGCUCUACCACCACCAACACCACCAGAUUCAGAUCAAUGACGACGGCGUCGACAACGAAGCAAUCUCUGAGGUCAUCACCAGUGACGGUGGACCCAUGUCCACGGCCAAUGCAAUGAUGGCCAACUCUGCCGCCAGCACUAGUGGCGGUACUACCGCCGCGACUAAUCAUCAUGAGGAGGAUGGUGCAAUAGAAUCCGAACCGCAGGUCAUCGACAAAAUGCUCAUGGGCAAGUCCUCCUUCGCCGACCUUGAGUGA